AUGUCUCAAACAACCGUCCCUGUCGAUAGGAUAGUUCCUUUUCAUCGUUUUGAUGAUGCAAUCGGUCUACGUAAUUCUAUUUUAGUCUGGACUUUGCGAUUCGACGAUGUUCUCGAUGCCGCAAAACUUCGUGAUUCUCUUAAUGCCCUUCUCAGCAUAGGGAACUGGAAACGCCUAGGUGGUCGAGUUAGGAAGAAGAGAGACGGCAAAUUGGAGGUCCAUAUCCCAGAGAGCUUCACUCCUCAGCACCCAGCAGCUGAUUUCUCCCACACAAAGCUGGAUUGUUGUAUCGACGAACACGCUCUCGGACGCCGCUUACCUGUAGCUACAGAGAAGCCAAGGUUACAUGAAUCAUCAACAACCUUUCAUGAAUUCGCGACACGAGAGAACCCCCCUUUGACAAUUGAGGACUAUUGCAACUCAGACCUGCCACAGAUUGGAUUGCAUGUUGUAUCUUUCACAGAUGCCACCCUCGUCUCGGUUUCAUGGCCACACACCAUGUCCGACGCUGUUGGCAUCCAAACACUAUUGAUAAAUUGGAGCAGAGUCAUGGCAGGACGGGAGAUCGAAGUGCAGCAUUUGGAAGAUGUUGAAAGCAACCCGUUGGACAACCUCGAGGCCGGUGAAGGGGGCACCUUGAAGCAAGAAGAAUGGAUAUUGAAAAGCAGUCUCGUCAGUGGUAUUUGGUUCGUCAUCUGGGUUGUUCGAUAUAUCUGGACCAUCAUAUGGGUAUCGCAAGAGAGCAAGCUCAUCUACCUCCCGGCUAGAACAAUCAAAGCCUUACGACGGGAAGCCGAGGAUUCAUUGGUCGAACAGACUCAAACUCUCGUACCAGGUCACAUUGAGAAACCUUUUGUUAGCGAUGGAGAUGUCAUUACAGCAUGGGCUGUCCGGAUGGCAUGUUUGCACCAGGCAUCACAACAAACUUCACAGCAGUCAAUCACGAUCAUAAAUGCACUCGACGUUCGGGCCCGUCUACCGGACCUUUUCAAGCAGAACACCGCCUACGUCGGAAACUUCGCUUUUGCCCUAUUCACAACAACCACAGUCGGUCGGGUUAUGAGCACUUCGCUGGGCGAGCUCGCACAUACGGUGCGUCAAUCUCUACUGGAGCAGGCCCCACAAGCUCAGAUCCGCGCCAUGUUUCAAGAACUUCGAAAAACUAGGAUGGGAGCUCUUGUUGUCGGUACGGCAACGAGCAGCCCGCUGAUCUUCAGCAACUGGAGCAAAACCAAGAUCUGCGAGGUUGUCGACUUCAGCCCAGCUGUGAUCAGGCGUGGCAAGCAGGGCCCAGUGAUUUCUGCACCGGGCAAACCCGUGUAUCAUCAUUCUCUCCAUACAAAGCGGAGCCAGACGGCGCGAGACGCCUUCAAUAUCCUCGGCAAGGAUCCGGCGGGUAACUACUGGAUUGCUGCAUGGUUGCCACCGCGCGCAUGGCCAAGAAUUGAGGAGGAGAUGCAAAAGCUGCCUUGA